UAUGAGGAACGCUAGUGGGCUGUCCGCUGCUGACCUGGCCCAUGCCCAGGGGUUUCGCCAGUGUGCCGAGAUACUAUCCAAUGCCCAGAACCUGCAGCGGUACCAGAACCUAACCCAGACCCAGCUUAAUGGCUUCGGUCUGAACGGUGCCGCCCAGAACGGAGGCCACUCCCACCCUCUCAUCCAAGGGCGGAGCCUCCUUAACGGGGCGCCAAAUAGAAAGAGGUCGUUUGAUAACAUGGAAGACACUCAAAUCAAGAAGGCCAGAACUGAAGGUUAGGUUUUUGCAUUUGUUAGCAUUUUUUAUACUUUAUAAAAAAAUAACCUAAUCAAACCUGGGAGGGGAUUAUAAAUGUUUUCCACUUUUUUCAUGACCUUCCCUAAUUAUACGUGGUAAAGCAUCAAGUGUCAAAACCUUCUAAAAUCCUGUCGUAAAACCAGGAUUUUGGGCUCCCAAGUGGCGCAGUGGUCUAAGGCACUGCAUCUCAGUGCUUGAGGCGUCACUACAGACCCCCUGGUUCGAUUCCAGGCUGUAUCACAACCGGCCGUGAUUGGGAGUCCCAUAGGGCGGCGCACAAUUGGCCCAGCGUCGUCCGGGUUUGGCCGGUGUAGGCCGUCAUUGUAAAUAAGAAUUUGUUCUUAACUGACUUGCCUAGUUAAAUAAAGGUUAAAUAAAAUAAAUGAAUAAAAUUAACCUUUGAGUGUUGGCCUAUUGGGAAUCUGGUUGAAUACAUUAUUGUUCGCUUAGUUGUGCAGCAUUACAAUGAGCAGUAUGAGGAAGAAGGGGAUGGGAGGGUGACUUAACCUGUGGCUGCUUGCCAGGCCUCUGAUGUUGUUGUGUGUAAAUGCAUGGCUUGUUUUAUUGGACUCUGGAGUAGAGUUGGGAGUGGUUGCCAGGAAGUUGAUCGACACUGCAGGGUAUCAGGUAAUGGGGCAGUAGAUGAUUUAUUGCUGAAUGAAGCCUACAAUUGGACUUUGGACUCACUGAGUAUGAUUUAUUAUUCUAGCAUGCUAAAUACCAGUCUCCCCUUCUGCCCAGGCAGCCCGUGCAUGCUGGAAUGGCCUCUUUUGGACUGUAGGGUAUUCUGACCUGUAUGUCGAGUUGUCAUCUAGUCCUAUUCUUGAUGGUAGUUCAACACGCUCAUCCACUGCUCUCACCAGGUCUGUGCCUGCCGCUGGGGAUGCUGAACGGGAAUGGGUCGGUCUGCGGUGUCGGAGAGGUACUGAUGGAGAGCAUGCACCAGGAGAGCAUGGAGUCAGCACCGUCGGCAGUGAGCUCAGGUGGGCCAGGACCCUUUGCGUUUGGGAUGAAUGGGUCUGCGCCGGUGCCAGACCUGGUGGACCAGGGGGGAGUGGAGGUGUCCACCCCGGCCCCUAAGGAGCAAGAGAUCUUCACUGUGGCAUCCAUGCAGAUCCCUUGUCGCUGCACUAACUCCUACGCCUACCUGUAGAGGCCUUAGAGAGUGUGUUGAGAAAGAGUGUUGACUCUCCUAGUGGUUGUAUCUUGGUAGGAUGUCCGUCAGGCCCUCUCUGGCCAUGUUUUCCCAUGGAUGGCACUACUCUUUUUUGGCAUGGUAUUGUUGGGUUUUUGGCAUGGUAAUGUUAAACUCUUGCGGGAGCGGUUCUAAAAAUAUGGGUGUAAGUAACUUGUAUUGUACACAUUGCACAUACAUGUUAUGAAAAACAUUGCCUUGCUACCAUACUCAAUCGCUAGAGAAACACAAGUUUUAUGUUUUGUUGUUUUACUGGUAGCUUUGAAUGAUCCACAAAAUUCUUCUUAAAUCAUCUCAAGUGUUUUUGGCAAAGCCCCUUAGGAUGAGUGAAUUCUGUUUUGCACAAUUAUCCUUCCACCGCCCUACAUUGCACAAUGUUAACUGUAAUAACGUUGUCAAAUGAUAAUCUACAUUUCUUUAAUGUAGAAACGCCAACACCUUGGGAACAAUGUACUGAUACAAGCCUCACUCAGUUUAUGGAGAAGAUUAGGGAGAAAGUUGACUUCAAGACUUUGAGGCUGCACUGACGUUUCCCUCUGCAUCAUGAAUAUGCAAUGACAGAAUUCUGACCUUUAUGAUGAUGAGUUAGACGUCCAGUGAUGUGUUUACUGAGUACUGUAUUUAGUGGUGCCAUUGUUGUGAUGCCGCUUCGACCAAUAAUGGUCAAAAGACAGAAUGUGUCCAUCUCAUGUCUGAAUGAAGAGACAACUAGAGAAUGUUCCUGCCCUUAGAGUAAUAAGAUAAACAUAUUUUAUGUUUUAUUUGUUAACUAUAAAGCUUUUUUGUUGUUUUUUAUACAAGAACUCUUAUGCCAAAGCAUAUCUUUACAUGUAUGUAUAAAUUACAUAAAGCUUUGCUAUGCAGCUUUUCUAUAUUAUGUGAGCUUUUAGGGAUUUCCAAGGUGCUAUUUGAACUGACACUGUCCUGUUAGCUAGCAGACUGUAGACUUUGGUUUGGCUAGGCACGUCUAGUGCCCCCUCUCCUUCUGCUUUUCUAGGAGAGGACUUUGUACGCUUUUCUGUAUAGCCUAGUACCUAUUGUCUGGUGUUGAAAAUGGUGUGAGUUUAUAUUGACUGUUUUUCUAAGUGUCGGCUUGUUUUGUUGAAUUAUAAUGUACUAUUGCUUUGCUAACUGCACUAAUGACAAAAGUUAGAUGUUGAAUUGUUGAUCUAUGAUAAAUGAGUGUGAUUAGUAGUGCUACAAUUUUCACGAAGCAAGGGGAAGCUACUCUUUCCUAAGGCUGGAAACCGUUUUUGGAGAAAAUAAAAAAGGAACCUUCGUAAAUGUAUUGGUCACAAACUUAAAAUCCCUCCUCAUCUGCUUCAUACAUGAAGGACAAUUGUUCUGUCAAACAAUCUGCGCUGCACUACUAUUCAGUCUGUACAGAAUUACAAAUGUUAACGAGUAGGAUCGCAUUUAUUAGAGCUUCUGACGCUCAGUGCUGAUUAGUUUUGUAUACUUUAAACUCAUUAAAUGUUCAUUCCUUUGAAUAACAUGAUGGUGGCUUUGUGUUUUUGUCUCUUGGUUUGUGUGUGUUUUUUUUUGUGUACAUGAGAAAGUAUCUCGACAAUGGUCUGAACACACUGCGGGGUAAUCCAUUUCAUCUUUCAAUUGAAGAACCCUGAAUAAUUGGGAGGUUUGGCGCCCUCUAUUGAUAUUGAGAUGGCUGGGCAACCCCUCAAUUGUGCUGUCUUGUUUCUAAGGAUUAUGCCAUCAUUACAGCAAGAGCGGUGGCAGAAUUUUGAGUUCUUGUUUGUCUGUAAAUUUGCUUCUAGGACUAUAUGAUUAUCGGUGUCGUUGAAACCAUCUUGCGUGGUGUCUUAUGACGCUGUCGUCUGUGUUGACGUCUAAAAGGGACUUUGGAUCAUCUCAUCGUGCCUGAACCAAUGGGAGUGGGGAAGGGGGUGGAACUAGGGCAGUGUGCCAAGGAGGAGCAGUGGUUUGUGUGUCAGUGUAACCAGGAAGAGUACAGUGAAUCAGGAUGUGACCCGGUGCAAUGAGGUACAAGGGUGAACGAUAACGAGAUAAUGUUAGAUUUUCUGGAACCCAUUUGGCAACCUAUCGAUUUGUAUUCCUGUAUAGAUGGCGUCACUGAGGUUUACAGUUUCCGAAAUGUUCAUCUCCAUGGGGAAUAGUUGUGCAAAACAAAAUCAAUUCGUACAUAUUUACUAAAUCUCUUUGAGCAUGAAGUUGUGGCCCCGUACUGUCAAAACCAGCUUUUGAAAUUAUUUUGACCAGGUGUCUCAUUUCCAAUGGCAGGUGACCCUCUAGCAGCAGGGUUAGGGUGUGAGGGGACCCCCUUAAACGGGCACUGCCCCCCAACACACCUGAAUGGGUGUGCCUCUACCAUCGCCCCUGCCGACAUCGCCCACCACCAAGUCUACAGGGAUGCAGCAGAGCACAUGGUUGCCACUGGUAACGCGGGCAGCCAGGUGGAACACCAGACAUCGGUGAAGGCAGAGCAGCACUACGAACAUCAGCAGUACGACCAUGCCCUGUUCAGCACCAUGCUCCUCUAUCACGGCUCC